AUGCGAGGUUGGCAGCCGCUCCAGAAGCUUCUAGAAGCCGCCGCGGACUCCUCCACUCCCCUUGCCGCCGCGCGCCUCCACGCCCACCUCCUCCGCUCGGGCCACCUCCACUCCUCCCACCACCUCACCUCUCGUGUCCUCGCGUCCUACCCUCCCGCCCUCGCUCGCCACCUGUUCGAUGAAAUCCCCGCCCCGACCCCGCGCCUUGCCAAUGCGCUCCUCCGCGCCCGCGUCCGGGCGGGCCAGUGGCGCGACGUGCUCCUCCUCCUCCCGCGCCUCCGCGUCCGCCCGGACGCCUUCACGCUGUCCCUCCUGCUCAAGUCCUGCGCCAUGCUCCCCUCCCUCGCCCACGGCCGUGCCGUGCACGCGCUCGCCGUCCGAUCCCGCGCCGCGUACACCGACGCCUUCGUGGCCGCCGCGCUUGUGCAGAUGUACGCGAAGUGCGGCGACAUGGUUGGCUCAAUCAACGCCUUCAACGCGUUCGAGGAACCAGACAUCGUCCUCCGGACUUCCGUGGUGACUGGGUACGAGCAGAACGGGAUGGCACAGGAGGCACUGGAGUUCUUUGCAAGGAGUGUGAUUGGCCAGGGUUUCAUGCCGAGUCCAGUCACUCUUGUGAGCGUGAUCUCGGCAGCGGCGCAGUUGAGGGAUGCCCGAAAUGGGCAGGCCUGCCAUGCAUAUGUUCUCAAGAAUGACUUGGAGUACGACUUGGUUCUGGUGAAUGCUAUUCUUGGGCUUUACAUGCGGAUUGGAGCUGUGCAAUCUGCAAGGAGGUUAUUCGACGGAAUGAUGGAGAGAGACGUGGUCACAUGGAGCUGUAUGGUCACAGGAUAUGUGCAAUCUGGACACACCUCUGAAGCGUUGAGCUUAUAUAAGAAAAUGGUUGCGGCAGGAGUGAAGCCAAAUGCAGUUACCGUGGUGAGUGUUCUGCAGGCCUGUUCGCUUGUUCUGGAUGUUGAAGAAGGCAAGAGGUUGCAUGACAUUGCUGUCAAGAUAGGUUGCGAACUUGAGAUGACAGUUGCAACUGCGCUGGUUGAUAUGUACAUGAAGUGCUCGUGCCAGGAGAAGGCAAUGCAGUUAUUUCUUCGGAUGCCAAAGAAAGAUGCAGUUGCUUGGGCGGCGGUCAUCAGUGGUCUUACCCAAAAUGGUCUCCCUGAUGAGUCGAUGAGAGUCUUCAAGUGCAUGUUGUUGGAUGGUCCUGUCCCUGACGCUGUCACUAUGGUGAAGGUACUUGCUGCAUGCUCAGAAUCUGGUGUUAUGAAUCAAGCCUUUUGUCUCCAUGGCUAUUUGAUUAACACUGGUUUCUGUGAUAAGAAGUUUGUGGCAGCUGCACUUGUGGAUUUGUAUUCUAAAUGUGGAAACUUGGGUAGCGCUGUCAGGGUAUUUGAAAGUGCCACUGAGAAGGAUAUUGUGCUAUGGAGCUCAAUGAUCUCAGGUUAUGGAGUCCAUGGCCUUGGGCAGCAAGCUGUUGCCUUGUACCAAAGGAUGGUUGCUUCUUCAGUUAAACCUAAUAGCCUGACAUUUGUAUCUGUGUUAUCGGCAUGCAGCCACUCUGGACUAGUGCAGGAAGGAAAGUCCAUUUUUAAAAGCAUGACCCGAGUCUAUGGAAUCAUGCCAAAUGCAGAGCAUCGUAGUGCCAUGGUUGAUCUCCUUGGCCGGGCCGGUGAAUUGCAAGAGGCAGCGAAGCUCCUUCAUGAAACAGGUGGGAGAGCUGAUGCUCAUACUUGGUGUGCCUUGCUUGCUGCCUGCAGAGAACACCGUGACACAGAGAUGAGUGGUGUGGUAGCUGCCAAACUACUCAAGCUGGAUUCUGACCAUGUUGGCUACUACAAUCUCUUGACUAAUAUAUAUGCUUUUGAUGAAAAGUGGGACAAUGUAAAAGAGACUAGGGACAUUAUCAGAGACAGAGGUUUGAAAAAAGUGCCUGGUUGCAGUGCAGUAGAGAUCAAUAAUGCAAUGCACACAUUCACAGCUGGGGAGAGGUCACACCAAGAUUGGGAGAAGAUCUCUACAUUGCUCUGGGAGUUGUCACGAAAGUUGAGAGGGGAUGAUUGUUUCUUUCAGUUGGACGGUCACUUGGUGUUUGAAGAUUUCUGA